GCCAGUUGGUAAGUGUGACAUGUCGUUUGGCAUAAGAUGGCUGUUAAUAUUUUUGUUCUUUUUAAUUGAAACGACGUGUGUUCGAAUAAAUCCGAGUGGUUAGCAAGAUCGAAGAAAUUAGGAGCACAGCAGGCGAAGAAGAAAAAAGGAGAGUAGCAGUGGCAGUUGCAUUUGAUUUGAGAGGAAGGAAACAUGGAAGAGUAUCCGGAGGAGUUGAGAACACCGCCGGUGAGUCUGAUAGCGUUGGUAGGAUGUGGAGAGCAUCAUCCGGUAAUCUCAACGCAUCUGUUGGCGGAGCAGCCUCCAAUGAACACACUAGCUUUGCCCGACUUGUCUAAGAUCUCUCUCCUUUUGAACUCUUUUUCCGAUAGAAAUCUUCCUCCUACUGCCGGUGGUAUUAUUAAGAGAGACUGGCUUCUUAAGCACCGCACUAAGGUUCCUUCCGUCGUCGCUUCUCUAUUUACCUCCGAUCAUGUCUCUGGUGAUCCCGCUCAGUGGCUUCAGCUCUGCUCCGACCUUGAGGAUCUCAAAACCUUGAUUCGUCCUAAGAGCAUCAAAUUGGUUGUCAUUGUUGUUCAUUCUUCUCCCGUUGAUGAUAUCAAUGAAGACCGAAUAAAUGCACUCCGCAAGCGUGCUGAAUUGGACUCUAAAUCCCUUAUUCUCUUCAACCCUGCUGAUUCUGUACGCCUUAAACAAUCUCUCAACAAGCUGGGCAGCAUAUUUGCUGAAUUAGCUAAUACUUAUUACAGAGAUGAAGGUCGCAGGAUUAAAACACGCGUUGAAAAGAAGAGUUUCAAUUCUCAUGAGUUGAAUAUUCGUUAUUGCUUCAAAGUUGCUGUGUAUGCAGAAUUCCGGAGAGACUGGGCUGAAGCUUUGAAAUUUUAUGAGGAUGCAUAUCAUAUACUGCGUGAGAUGGUUGCCACCACGAAUAGGUUGCCAGUCAUUCAGCGCUUGGUUGAGAUAAAAACUGUUGCUGAGCAACUUCAUUUCAAAAUAUCAACUUUAUUGUUACAUGGCGGAAAGGUUAUAGAAGCCAUUACAUGGUUCCGUCAACACAUUGCUUCUUACAAGAAGCUUUUAGGAGCAGCAGAAGUUAUUUUUCUUCACUGGGAAUGGAUGAGCAGACAGUUUUUGGUAUUUGCUGAAUUGCUUGAGACCAGUUCGAAAGCCCUUACUAGCCCUACUAGUCCAACUUUAGCCACUGCAGACAGGUCUUUGACUGAAUGGGAAUUUCAGCCAGCUUAUUACUAUCAGUUAGCUGGUCACUACCUAAAGGAGAAGAGAACAUCUUUGGAACUUGCACUGUCAAUGUUACAAACUGCUGAUGAGACUGACGGUAGAGCUGAAUCUGUGGAACCUUCAAUUUAUGUGGGUCAGUUUGCUCGGUUAGUUGAGCAAGGGGAUGCAUUUUCUAUGCAACCUCUUGCUGAUGAAGAGUACACUUAUUAUGCUAUUUCAGAAGGGAAAAGAUUUCAAGAUUCUUUUGAAAUUAUUGCUCUUCUUAAAAGAUCUUAUGACUCAUACAUCAAUCUCAAAGCCCAGAGGAUGGCUUCUCUUUGUGGGUUCCAGAUGGCUAGGGAAUAUUUUUCAGUGGGUGACUUAAAGAAUGCAAAAUUUUUUUUUGAUAGUGUUGCAGUUCUAUACAGACAAGAAGGAUGGGUCACUUUAUUGUGGGAGGUCUUGGGUUUUUUGCGCGAGUGCUCAAGGAAAUGUGGAAUAGUCGAGGAAUUUAUAGAGUAUUCUCUUGAAAUGGCUGCAUUGCCAAUAUCAUCCGGUACAGGGAUCCAGUCUUUCAGAUCUAAAGAAUUUGGUCCAGCUGGUCCUGCAAGUCUUGAGCAGAAAGAGAUUAUACACAAGGAGGUUUUUCAGCUUGUCAAUGGAGAAACAGGGUUGAUGUCUGUUGAUGAUAACGGAAUUCUCCAUGUGAACAGAGAUAAUCCAUUGCAUCUUGAGAUUGAUCUUGUCAGCCCCCUUAGGAUGGUACUUCUUGCUUCAGUUGCUUUUCAUGAACAGAUAAUUAAACCCGGUGUACCGACCUUGCUUACACUGUCGCUUCUAUCACAAUUACCUGUUACCAUUGAUAUAGAUCAAGUAGAAGUGCAGUUUAAUCAAUCAGACUGUAACUUUAUUAUCCUAAAUUCUCAAAAACCUCCAUCUGCUGCAAUGUCCAUUGGCCUACAAGGGCGACGGACUGAAACUGCUCCUUCUCUGGCGCUUGUUACAAAUAAGUGGCUUCGUUUGACAUAUGCCAUCACAUCUGAACAGAGUGGGAAGCUGGAGUGUAUAUAUGUCGUUGCAAAAAUGGGGCCCCACUUCACAAUCUGCUGCAGAGCUGAAAAUCCUGCUUCAAUGGAUGAUUUGCCUCUUUGGAAGUUUGAAGACCGUGUGGAGACUUUUCCAAUCAAGGAUCCUGCUCUCGCCUUCUCCGGUCAGAAGGUUGCUCAGGUCGAAGAACCAGACCCACAAGUGGAUCUUAUUUUAGGUGCCACUGGACCUGCAUUGGUUGGAGAGUGCUUUGUAAUUCCUGUUACUGUGGCCUCCAAGGGUCAUUCUGUAUUUUCUGGCGAGUUAAAAAUCAAUCUGGUGGAUGUAAGAGGAGGUGGGUUGUUUAGUCCAAGGGAAGCAGAACCGUUCUCUAUGGAUAGCCAUCAUGUUGAGCUUCUUGGUGUUAGUGGACCAGAAGGAGAGGGUGAAUCUCAAACAGGUCCUGACAAAAUCAUAAAAAUUCAGCAGUCCUUUGGUUUGAUUUCUGUUCCAUUUCUCCAAGAUGGAGAAUCAUGGUCCUGCAAACUAGAAAUAAAGUGGCAUCGACCCAAACCGAUUAUGCUCUUUGUAUCAUUGGGCUAUUUCCCAGAUAACAACGAAAUGACUUCACAAAAAGUCCAUGUCCACAAGAGCUUGCAAAUUGAAGGAAAGAAUGCACUUCUAAUUAGCCAUCAAUUUAUGCUGCCAUUUCGGCAGGAUCCACUUUUGCUUUCAAAGCUCAAGCCAAACCCUAAUUCUGAUCAGAGUGCAUCAUUGCCUCUCAAUGAAACAAGUGUACUAGUUGUUAGUGCCAAAAACUGCAGUGAGGUGCCAUUACAGUUACAAUCCAUGUCCAUUGAAGUAGAUGACGAUACUGAAAGGUUAUUUAGCUUGCAACACAGUGGUGAAGAUCUUUUAGGCCCUGCGUGCCUUGUACCAGGAGAAGAGUUCAAAAAGGUUUUUACUGUCAUUCCUGAGGUGGAAUCAUCAAAUGUCAACCUAGGGUCAGUCUCUCUAAAAUGGAGGAGAGAUUCUCAAAAUAAAGAUCAGCUUCAUUCUGCUACAGAAGCUUGGGUUUCGACUAGACAUAAACUUCCUGAUGUAAAUGUAGAGUUAUCUCCACUGGUUUUGAUUGUGGAAUGUCCUCCCUAUGCCAUUCUCGGAGAUCCAUUUACGUACUCAGUUAAAAUUCGAAACCAGACACCGUUGCUUCAAGAGUUGAAUUUCUCAUUGGCAGAUGUGCAGAGUUUUGUAUUAGCCGGAUCUCACAGUGACACAGUUUUUGUUCUUCCAAAAUCAGAGCACCUCCUUGGUUACAAGAUUGUACCGCUUGCUUCAGGUUUGCAACAGUUGCCUCGAGUUACAGUGACAUCCGUGAGAUAUUCAGCUGGGUUUCAACCAUCUACUGCUGCAGCUACUGUUUUUGUCUUUCCUUCUAAACCCUGUGUUGAUAUGGCCGAUAUGGGAGACAGAGAAAUAGAAUCCCUUGUGGCUGAGUAGUGCUCUCCCCCAACACUGGUAACUGUUCUGCAGAGACAAGGUUCACUCAUUAAUUGGGAUCCAAUAGCCAAUCUGUGGUUUGGUUGCUGCGCCCUGUGAUUGUGAAUGAAUUGUAGAGGAUAAUUGGAUUCCACCUGAAUCCGACUCGGAAAACAAAUGUGGCUGAAGUGUUUUUGUUCUUUAAAGAGAUUGGGAUCCUAUAGCAUUUUAAGGCAAAUACUCUGAUCCAUGUGUGUUGUGGUUAGCAGAUACCGAAGACUGGCUAAUGUGAUUUGCAUUUUGGGAAGAUACUGUCGAAAGUUGGUUGUUAUAUUCCAAACUCGAAGAUAAACGAUGCCGCAUGUAAUUUGAUAUAGAAAAAAACUGCUGUAGAAAUUAUUUUGUAGAGAGAAAUAUAUUUAAUUCUGGUAAUUGAUUGUA